AUGACAGAUGCGAAAGGAAAAGUCAUGUCGAUGAAACAAUUACCGUCGGAAACGAUCAAACUGAUAAGUAGUACUCAAGUCAUUACGUCGGCAUCGUCGGUGGUGAAGGAAUUAAUGGAAAACUCUAUCGACGCCAAUGCUACAAUCAUCGAUAUACGUCUGGACAACUAUGGACUAGACAAGAUUGAAAUUCGUGACAACGGGGUUGGCAUUUCACACAGUGAUGUGUAUGUCAUGUGUUUGCGUAAUUACACUUCCAAAAUAUCCGAAAUAUCCGAUUUAGGUAAAUUGACUUAUUACGGAUUUCGCGGUGAAGCUCUUAGUUCCAUUUGUGCUGUAGCUGAUGUGACUGUUAUUACAAAAUCAGAUUUUGAUGAAUAUGCCAAAUCGUUUACCAUGGACAGCAAUGGUCGUGUGAAGGAUAGUACAAUUUGUCAUCACCAAAAGGGUACAGUUAUCAAAAUAGUAAACCUUUUCAAAAAGUUACCAGUUCGUAAACAAAUGUAUAGUUCAAAGAAACACUGUGUUAAUGCAUUUCGAAGAAUUGAAAUAUAG